UCCUCCCCUCUCUUCCCCAUUCUCUCCCCCUCCCACCUACUGCACACCUCCCCACCCCAUCUCCCCGCUCUGCCCCCCCAUCCCUGGCCACCAUGCUGUGGUCACGCUGCUGGUGGAAAACCUGAGGAAGACUCUGGAAGGCGACCCUGCUGAGCCAGGGGACUUCUACCUGUCCCGGCUGGACCCCCACACCCUCGCUGAGUGCUGCCCCCCUCAUGGCUUGAUGCCUGAGAGCAGCUACUGGCAGCUCUGCCCUCCCUCUAAGUCCGGCCUGCAGGGGGGGUUGCUGAGCUCUAGUUUCCCGCCUGGCCCUGUGCCGCUGGUGCCGCCCGAUGCUCACCUGCAGGAGGACCGGACCGCCCCCCCGCCUCCGCAGCACCGGCCUCUGGCGCCCAGCACCUCAGCGUCAGAGCUGUCCCUGCCCGGAGCGGCACCGGCAGCACCGCCUCCUGCGCCCGGCCUCCCUCCCCCUCCUCCCCCGCCCCCCAAACGCCACUGCCGUUCACUGUCGGUGCCCGAGGACCUGUCCCGCUGCCGCUACACCUGGCGACCCAGCGCCUCACGGGUCUGGACCCCCGUCAGUCGCCAGCAAUGCCACGGCGGAGUAGGGGGAGGAGUUACGGGUGGGGGGGCAGGGAUGGGAGGAGGGAUUAUAGGGGCAGGUGCGGCUGGGGGCGGGGUCUGUCCUCUCCGUGCUCCCAGCUCCUCUCUGAACUCGUCGCUGCACUCCUCGUCCAGCCCCACCUUCUUCAGCCUGGCGCUGUCUCCGGACUCGCCGCUGCCAUGGAGCUUCCCCUGGGACGCUAGUGAGGCAGCGGCAGGGGGCGGGGCCUGUUGCUGCUUCUUUCCCUCCCCCUCCUCCUGCUCCUCCUCACCCUCUCCCCUCCACCCGCCUCCCCCUCCUCAGAGGCGUUUCUCUCUCUCCCCCGUGCUCAUCAGAGACUCUGCAGCCUCCACCUUCCUGCCUCCACCUCCCGUGCCGAGGCAGGCGCCGCCGCCGCCCCCGACCGGUGGCCCCGUGCCUGUCGGGGGGGCUGUGGGGGGCCCAGUGCCCGCAUCGCCAUCCUCAGCCUGCAGCACGCCGUCCUCUCUGCGACGCAGCCUCCCACCGCAGCUGCCGCGCUGCCACUCGCAGCCAUGUGACCUGCUGCUGCUCAAACCGGGUCUGAAGCGACGGAGAGACCCCGACCGGCCGUGUGCCCGCCCCGUCCUCGACUUCACCAAGAUGACUCAGACCCGCAGCAUCGACCCGCAGUGUCUGGAGCGUGGCGGCGGCAGGCUGGCCUGCGGCGGGGACGUCUGCAUGGGCAUGGAGUCCUUCAUGGGCGACUUCCGGCGCUCCUGCUCUCCAGCCGAGUGCCUGGGCCGGACCAGCAUCGGGCCCCUGAGCGAGAGCGACGAGGAGUGCCGCGAGGACGACGAUGAGGACGAGGGGGAGGAGGAAGCUGGCGAGCGCGAAGCCGCCAAGCAGGCGGUGUUUGAGAGGGACUGUACAGAACUCGACUUGAACUUAAUAGAAGAAAACUGACGUCUUUGUAAAUGGAAGGCUGUUCUCUGUUUCACUUCUUUAGUUUUAUUUUGAAAGUAUCCGAACCCCUUGCCCAUUCCUGGACUACCCUCAUCUCAACACUCUACGCCUCCUUGCCACCAAUCAGCAAGGCUCUCAGGAACAACACCUCUCAUUGGAUGAGCUGAGGUUAAGGAAGCUGACAACAGUGAUGAUGUGACGCCGCCGCUUCUGAACCCUCUGCUGUUUAAAUUGGAAAACCAGGAUGUUAGAGGUGAAACUCUGGUCGCCUGCGAUGAAUGGAAACCUCGACACUCUGAGUCCCAGUCUGCAAGUUGUCCUCCAGAAGAUUAACUUCUGCUUCGCCUGACGCUGCUCUCUCAUCGUUAAGGUCCAUAUCUCUGACUGGACUCAGAAUGUCAGGUGUCCAUCAGCGGCUCCGCCUCCUGGCGUCCAGGUGUCUUCCAGCACAUAGCAACUGAGAAACCCGUCAGUCUGAUGAGGCUCCGCAGCGCACCGCCAGCCGACUCGCCCUCCUACUCCACCGCACCACAAACCGAGACAUGCUCAGGAUCUAAAGGGUCAGUUCAAAUCAGACAGUUUAAGAUAACAUUUAAAAACAACAUGAAAAAGAACUAAAAACAUUUUAGUUUAAAUUUUGUUCUGUUCAGUUCCAGUUUAGUCAUAACAUUUUAGUUAAUUACUUUUUUUUCACAACAAAGAAAAAUGAUAAUCCAGAGCAAAAGUUUCAUGAAAUGUUCUUCAUGUAUAUAACUUCUCUUUAUUUAAACUAAAACACAAACACUAAUGAAUUAUUUCAGCAGCAGACAAACUGUGAAUUCAGAAUAAAAUAUGAUCACGUCUCUUUUAAAACCUUCAUUAUGAGGGUGAAGAACAAAGAAGAGUACAAAUGGUCUCAAGCGUCUGAUUGGUUGAGCUCGGUCGACACAGAUAUGACAUAGUGAUGAUACAUAUCAACUUUUUAUACAGAAAAGAUGCUCCAUGAAAUAAACAGGAGAAAACAAAACAUGUUAAACUUUAAUAAGAUCCUGUCAUUUAACACGCGUGUGACCAAAGUGAACUGAGCCCUCGAAGAUGAAUAUUGAUUAAUACAUAACAAGUGAAGCUGCUUGUGUUGAUCAGUUAUUAAUCAGUGGUUCUGAUUUAACAGUCAAAUACAUCUAUUGAUCAGUUUUGAUUCAAUACUAAAUAAAACAUGUUGAUCAUCAUUUUAAUCUUUAACUUUAUUUACUCUCAGCUGUUAAAACCACUGCUUGUCUCAGUCAUGUGACCUUGGUGUAGUGAUGCGUUCAGGUUAGCUGGUGCGUUGUUGCGUCAUCCCAUCAGGUGACACUAAGGGCAGGUAGCCACUGAUGCUGUUGUUCACCUGAGUGUUCUCACAUUCCCACCUCACUACAAAUACCCACUGUGUGUGUGUGUGUGUGUGUGUGUGUGUGUGUGUGUGUGUGAGUGUGUGUGUGUGCGCGUGGUCAUGUGACUUGUGUCCAGAUUAAAUCCAGAUUGUCAUUUAUGCUCCGCAGUCACAUGUUAAAACUUUAAACCAAAUUCCAACUAAAUAUUCAGAAACAUUAAGGAAAUGCAAACUGCUGCACGAAUCUUAAAACCUCUGCUGCAUGAAAAUGAGGAUUUGUUUCGUUGACAUAAAACUGUCAAUGAGGUGAUUUGUUUUGAAUAUUUUUCUUAAGCUGCAAGUAAUGAAACCAUUUCAGUUCAGAUCAGAGCUCCUCAAACAUAAUACAACUCAAAUCUCUGACCUUCUUUCUCAACCUUUGUUGAGGUGGUCUAAUAAGGUUUCAUUGUGAAUAUCAGAAAAUAAAUUAUAUCUUAAUUUGAGAAGCGUAAACAAACUUUUAUGUGUUUUAUUGAAAAAGCCGUCUGUGUUAAAGUGAAGACGAGUAGCUUCAGAGUCUGAUCAGAGAAACGUUACAACUUUCUUAAUCUGGAUUUAAUCUCGACGCUGAGGAUCCACAGAGCCACUGGGUGUGAUUGUGACUGAAAGCAGAUGAAAGUCGUGUGAUUUUCAUUUUUGCUCCGAUUUUUACGAGAGAACAAAUACUACACGUUAAAGGUUUCGAACAUUUUCCCUGCGUUGGUGCUGUUGACAGAUGCGUUAGGACAACGUGGCUUCUUCUUUUACAUGAUUGGUCUUCACAUUCCUGCUGAUCAAAUCAGAUUCAUUUACUUUCUUCCAAACUGCCUUUGAUGUCCUUACCUGCGGCCUGCGUUCAGAUAGUCCAUCACAGUUGUGUUUUAGUUUUGUUACGGUAGUGUUUUUGUCACGUGGUGAGACGGUUGAAACUUCAGACCUCUCUUUAGUGAUGCAGUCAUUCAGAGUAGCUUCUAAAAAAAUAUUCAGAGACAAACUUUACUCCAGAAGACAAUCAACAGGAACAUUACAAAACAUGUACACACAGCCGCUGUAACACACAAAAACUGACUGUCUCAGUGACACACACAAACUGACUCUAAUUCCCAGUGACACACACAAACUGACUCUAAUUCCCAGUGACACACACAAACUGACUGAGUGUCACAGUGUCACACAUAUUAUGUCACUUUUUAUUGACGUAAUGUCCCCAUUACACACAUUUAGAUAUAAUGUCCCCAUUACACACAGAAACAAAGACUUUGUCCCCAUUUAGUCCCCAUUACACACAGGACCAUUAUGAAAAACAAUCAGGUAAAGUGUUGUAGAAAUCAGAUUUCAAAUUGUCCCUGAAUGCACCAAAAAUACUGCAACUUGUGUUUGGCCAAAAAGAACUAAAAUAAUGUAAAUGUGACUGUGAUGGAUUAUCAUAUUUCUAUUUUUGCGACUUAACUGUUAAAUUUUCAGAUGAUUAUUUUAAAGAGAAAAAUGAACGUGAUUAAAGUUGGGAUUGUUCGAUGUUUGAUCUGACGAUAGACAGAUUGUCUGUGUGACAAACUUGUUUAAAAAAAACUGAAGGAUGAAUUUGCUCAGAUUUAAGAAACAAACUAAAUUUUGAGAAGAAGAAAUGUCCCAGCAAACACAUACACACAUGUUGUCAUAGGGCACCUUUGGGGACCCAGACUUGCAUUAAUUUCCUGGAGGUUUAACUCAACUUGAACCUGUCCCCACAUGUGGCCUAUGACAGAGAUCACACACUGAUCCACCCCCCCCCCCCCCCCCCCUCCAUCCACCCCCAUGUUCGUAGGGUUGUUUCUGCAGAUCAGUCCAUUACACCCAGCAUACGCCUUAACUGAACAUAUUCUACUAUUCUGUAAAUCAAAAUGUUCAAAAGAAAAAAAGGUAAAGACAAAACUAACGGAGAAGAAAUGGAAACGUGUACUGUAGCUGUUAAAUUUUUAGUCCUUCUGUUGGUUAUCUGCUGUUUUUUCUUAAUAUUUCUAAUCUGAGCGCGGCGAGAUGUCGUGAUGAUGAUGAUGAUGAUGAACACAUCGUGUUUAGGAGAAAAAAUAAAAAGCUUCAGGAGGAGGAUGAGCGGUCGUGUACAAAGUUAGCGCAGAGACUCGGACAUCUCUCGUCUUUUAGAAAUGUUUUUUAUUGUAUGUGAUUAAAAGGAAAAAACAAUAUGGCAAUUUGAAAAGCAGUUUGUGAAUAAAUUAAGUUUAAUGAGAAUUAUUUUACAAAGAAAGAAGAAA